AUGAGCGAAGUGAAGCCAGUCCCCAUCCCAGGACCCAAGGGGGUUCCUUUCCUGGGCAAUAUCUACGAUGUCGAGCAAGAAGUGCCGCUGAGGAGUUAUGAGUUGAUGGCUGAUAGCUAUGGCCCAAUCUACCGCUUGACAACAUACGGCCAGUCCAAGUUGUAUGUCAGUAGUCAUGAACUGGUCAACGAAAUCUCCGAUGGAGAACGAUUUAUCAAAGCAGUGGAUGCGGGUCUGGAGGAGGUCCGCAACCUUACCCAUGAUGGCCUCUUCACAGCAAAGUACCCCGGAGAGGAGAAUUGGCUUCUUGCACAUCGCAUUCUUCUGCCCGCUUUUGGGCCGCUGGCUAUCCGGAACAUGUUUGACGAAAUGUAUGACAUUUCCACUCAGCUGGUCCUAAAAUGGGCCAGACAGGGCCCUGAGACUCCUAUUAUGGUCACGGAAGAUUUUACCCGCUUGACCCUUGACUCCAUCGCCCUAUGUGCCAUGGGCACCCGUUUCAAUUCUUUCUACCAUGAAUCAAUGCACCCUUUUGUGGAAGCGAUGCUUGGUGUAUUGGGGGGUGCCGGCCGUAGGUCGAGGCGCCCGGCCUUGGCGAACCAACUGCCUACCAGCGAAAACAAUACGUUUUGGAACGACAUUGCCUACAUGAGGAAUCUAGCGAAGGAGAUUACCGAGGAGAGAAGGAGUCAUCCGUCCGAGAAGAAAGACCUUCUCAAUGCUCUCAUCCUAGGCCGUGAUCCUUCGUCAGGACAAGGCCUCAGUGACGACUCGAUCAUCAGUAACAUGAUCACAUUUCUGAUUGCUGGACAUGAAACCACAUCUGGCAUGCUGUCUUUCGUGUUCUACUUCUUGCUCAAGAACCCGCAUGCGUACAAGAAGGCACAGGAAGAAGUUGACACGGUGAUUGGACGACGCAAAAUAACUGUGGAUGAUCUCUCCAAGGUGCCGUAUAUUAACGCGGUCCUGCGGGAAGCAUUGCGACUCAGACCCACAGCUAGUAUCAUAAGAGUCCAUGCCCAUCCGACUAAGAAUACCGAAGACCCGGUGACUCUAGCAAAUGGCAAGUAUGUUCUGAACAAGGGAGAGGGGAUGUCUAUUCUGCUUUCCAAACUGCAUCGUGACCCUAAGGUCUGGGGAUCGGAUGCCGAAGAGUUUAAACCAGAGCGAAUGCUGGACGAAAACUUCAAUAGGCUGCCCCCGAAUGCCUGGAAGCCAUUUGGAAAUGGCAUGCGAGCCUGCAUUGGACGUCCAUUCGCCUGGCAAGAGGGCCUGCUGGCGGUGGCCUUGUUGCUGCAGAAUUUCAACUUCCAGAUGGACGACCCUAGCUAUGACCUGCGGAUCAAACAGACACUCACCAUCAAGCCCAAGGAUUUCAAGAUCAAGGCAACCCUACGGCACGGAAUGGAUCCCAUCUCCUUGGAGCCUGCCUUGAAUAACAGUUUCGGGCCGCAUGAGACUUCGGAAGUGUUUAGCAGAGACCGGAAGAGAGACGUGACCGCUCCUGCCGGGGACCCGAAGCCGAUGCACAUCUUCUUUGGCAGCAAUACUGGCACCUGCGAGGCAUUUGCGCGAAGAAUGGCAGAUGAUGCCGUUACAUACGGGUUUGCCGCGGAAGUCAAGUCGCUGGACUCGGCCACCGAGAAUAUCCCUAAGGAGGGUCCCGUUGUGAUAAUUGCCGCCUCAUACGAAGGCCAGCCUGCUGAUAAUGCUGCCCACUUCUUCGAGUGGCUCAAUGCGGUGAAAGGCAACGAGCUUGAGGGUGUCAAUUAUGCCGUGUUCGGUUGUGGUCAUCACGACUGGCAGGCUACCUUCUAUCGAAUCCCCAAGACAAUCAACCAGCUGGUGAGCGAGCAUGGUGGAGAUCGCUUGUGUGACAUUGGAUUCGUCGAUACCGCCAACUCCGACAUGUUCACCGAUUUUGAUAACUGGGGUGAAUCCGCAUUUUGGCCUGCCAUCGCUUCAAAAUACGGUACUAGUGAUAAGUCGCAGGCCGGCAAGAAGGCCAGCACCGCCCUGCAGGUUGAUAUUAGCACGAAAUCUCGAGCGACUACUUUGGGGCUCCAGUUGCAGGAGGGGUACGUGAUCGAAAACCAGCUGCUGACGGCACCUGAUGUUCCGGCAAAACGGCUGGUGCGGUUCAAGCUCCCAACAGACAUGACCUAUCAGUGCGGCGACUACCUUGCGGUGCUUCCCGUGAACCCACUUAAUAUUGUCCGUCGAGCAAUCCGUCGGUUCAACCUUCCCUGGGAUGCGAUCUUGACGAUCCGAAAACCAUCGCAAGACUUGAGCGGGCCGUCAACUAUCCCCUUGGACACGCCCAUUUCUGCGUUCAGUCUUCUGGCCACAUACGUCGAGCUGUCCCAGCCCGCCUCCAAGCGAGACCUCAACGUGCUGGCGGAUGCGGCCGUCGCAGACGAAGAAGCCCAAGCCAAGCUGCGGUAUAUUGCAAACAGCCCCAGCCAGUUCACCAAGGAGGUCGUCGAGAAACGCCUGAGUCCGCUCGAUAUCUUGAUCCGCCAUCCUCUGAUCAGCUUAUCCAUCGGGGACUUCCUUGCCAUGCUCCCACCCAUGCGCGUGCGCCAAUACUCAAUCUCGUCUUCCCCGUUGGUCGACCCAUCCGAAUGCUCCGUCACGGUAUCGGUCCUCAACGCCCCAUCUCUCUCCGGAACAGACGAGCCGUACGUUGGCGUGGCCUCCCACUUCCUAUCCAUUCUGCAACCUGGCGAGCGGGUCCACAUCUCCGUCCGCCCAUCUCACACCGGUUUCAGGCCCCCGACGGACCUCAACACGCCCAUGAUCAUGGCCUGCACAGGGAGCGGCCUCGGCCCCUUCCGCGGCUUCAUCAUGGACCGCGCGCAGAAGAUCCUCGGGCGCAGCGAGUCCCUCGAAGCCGAGAAACCCGCCAAAGCGAUUCUUUUCGCCGGGUGUCGCACCCAAGGCAAGGACGACAUCCACGCCGAGGAACUAGCAGAAUGGUCCCGGCAGGGUAUCGUGGAUGUGAGAUGGGCAUAUAGUCGGCCCCCUGAAGGCCAAAAGGGCCGGCACAUUCAGGAUAACAUCACAGCCGAUAGCCAGGAAGUGGUCUCUCUCUUCGGCCAGGGCGCUCGGAUCUACGUCUGCGGAAGCACAGACGUGGGCAAUGCGGUGCGGCAGGCCCUGAAGGGGAUAUUCCUCAAUGUGCGCCGGGAGAAGUGCCUCGAUCGCGGCGACGGAUCUUUGCCGGAGGGGACGGAUGAAACUGCCGAGGAAUUCAUGGAGGGGUUGAAGGCUAAUAUGCGGUAUGCGACGGAUGUGUUUGCGUAG